CCAGCUUUCGCACCUCUUCAUGGUCACACUUCCGAACUUCCGCGCUAGCCGCCACCUCAUCGACUCUCACUGCGAUGGCCAAGACCCUCCGACGACCGCUUCCACCUUCACCACCGUUGCUGACGUCCGUGGCCUUCGUCUGCCGCCAAUGGCCGCGCAUUGAGGCGCUAGACCACGUGACGCGCGAGCUGGACGUGCUGUUGGACAACUCGCAGCUCUGGACGCUGGCCGAGGCGUGUGGCGCCGGCCAUGAGCAUCUCGUAGACCGAAUUGCCGCGCGAAACAUAGCCAAGAUCCGGAACAUGGGGAAGCUGCAGCGGCAGGCGCUGGCCACGUCGGCCAUGGCGUCGGCCGCUGCGGGAGGCCACAUAGCAGUGCUUCGCCGCCUGGCGGUACUCUUCCCGCAGGCACGCGUGACCAAAGCCGUGGAGGCUGCGGCCCGAAACGGGCGUGUCGAGGUGCUUGCGUGGCUUCACGAGCAGCAAGAUACGCUGGAAGUGUUCUGGGGCGCUCGCGAGAUGCUGGUUGCCGUCCGUGGUGGCAACCUAGAUACAGCGCAGUGGCUGCAUAGACACACAACACCACCAGAACACCAAUUCUUGAUUGACGUGGCCGCGCGCAACGGUGACUUGGCCAUGAUCCAGUGGCUACACAGCGUUGGCGCGGCGGACGAAUGUACGGUGAACGCAGUGACCAAUGCCGCCGAGAACGGCCACCUCGAGACGAUCAAGUGGCUCACUGAGCACUGUUUCCGCAGCGACUGUCCGUCCAUCCGGAUGGACCAAGCCGCAGCCAACGGACACUUGGAAGUGAUCCGGUAUCUUCAUGCAAAUGGAUCGCGCUGCACGACUAACGCUAUGAACAUGGCCGCCGCGAAUGGCCACUUGGAGACUGUCCAGUGGCUGCACGAAAACCGAACUGAGGGCUGUGAGCGCGCCGCGAUCGAUCAGGCUGCAGUAAACGGCCACUUGAACGUCGUGCAGUGGCUCCACGCGAACCGGACAGAGGGCUGCACUACGAUCGCGAUGAACGGGGCAGCACGGAGAGGCUUCUUUGGCGUCGUCAAGUGGUUGCACGCCAACCGUAACGAAGGCUGCACUACGAAGGCCAUGGACAACUCUGCGAAGAAUGGCCACGUCGAAAUCGUGCAGUGGUUGCACCAAUUCAGAGCCGAAGGGUGCACCACAGCUGCUAUGGAUCAGGCCGCCGCCUACGGACACCUGGAGACGGUCAAGUGGCUUCAUGAACACCGUAGCGAAGGGUGCACUACUGCGGCCAUGGACGACGCCGCACUGAACGGCCAUCUGCAUGUGGUGCAGUGGCUGCACGAGAGCCGAAGCGAAGGGUGCACGACUGCGGCCAUGGACAAUGCGGCCGCGUUCGGCCACUUGGCCGUCGUGCAGUGGCUCCAUACUAACCGAGAAGAAGGCUGCACGGCCGACGCCAUGGACCGAGCUGCUCGUCAAGGCCACUUCGACAUGAUCAAGUGGCUUCAAGUGCAUCGAACUGAAGGCUGCAGUCUGUUCGCCAUGAACAACGCUGCUGGAGCUGGGCGACUCGAUAUCUUGCAGUGGCUGCACUUGAACUAUGGCAUGGGGUGCAACAACCGAGCGAUGGAGGCGGCUGCGUUCGGUGGCCACUUUGAUAUUCUUGAUUUCCUUCACCGUGAAGAUUUGACCCAUUGCACAGCCGACGUGGCCAUCAAGGCGGUGGCUGAGGGCCACCUGGAAAUCCUCGAGUGGCUCUUUCAACACUACCCGGAGCCAAUCCCGUCGGCACGUUUGCUACGCAUCGCCAAGCGGCAUGAUCUCUAUUGUGUUGACUGGCUCGUACGGACAGGCAAGGCAGUUGAUUAUGAUAUGUGGUGAUUGGAGGGCAACACCGGCCAAUUAGUCCCACAGCAAGAGUAUCAGUAAAAUUUGAUG